AUGUUCUAAUAGAAUAACAACUAGCAAAAUCAGCAAAACACUACUCAAAGACUGAAUCUAAACAAUAAUUCAAAUCAGUAAUAGCAAAGCAACUAAAUCCCUAAGAGCCAAUCUGAGGUAGUAGGAUCAAGCUUCGCUAAUUUGAGAAAUAAGGAUGAAUUCCUUAAAAGAUCAAGAACCUCUGCUCCCACUAAAAGAAUUGAAGAUGUAACACUUUUAUCUCUGAGAAAUCAAUGCCAAAUAUGCAGCACAACUUACUCAAAUGAUGAUUAUCUCAAUGAAAUUUAUCGAACAUGCUUCAAUUGCAAGGAAAGAUCAGUUUGUUUUACUCAUUUAUCAGAACUCAAAGGAAUAAAUACUAAAUGCCAACUUUGUUUUGGUGUUUUCUUAAAGAUGCAGAAAUGUAUUUUGGCGCCUUAAACAAAAGAAGAGGCAAGGCAACAACAAGCUAUCACAAAAGUUUAGGAUAUAAAUAACAGAGUAAAUUAAUAACAAAACUAGACAUCUAUAAGCGGCUUACCUAGUCAGUAGUCCUAGUAAUACAUUUAAUAGUAAAAUGAAGUUAAGGCUCCUAAUAGUCUCUAGUAAAAUAUGUAAUAGGCUUUGAUCAAGAAAUAUUAGCAGCUCUAGUCAUAGUAAAAGAUUGCCUAAGAGUAGUAGAGAUAAUAAGAACUCAAUUUUAUUAAUUAAUAAUUGCAAGAGACCAUCGAAUAGAUAGAGUAGAUAGAGAAUUAAUAAAACAUCUAAGAUUAGUAGAAUUUAAAUAGUGGCUUGGAGGUUUAAAAUAACUAAAAUCAACAACAAAAUGAUCUAUUUGAUCAGAGAGAUCAAAGACAAAUCAAUCCUCAAGCUAAUUUUGAAUAAGCAAAAGAAUCAUUAUAAUCAAGUUCUAGUUUAUCUUCAUGCUUCUGGUUCCUUGCUGUAAUAGUGAUGUGCUUCUUGAUUAUUAUAUAAGCUGAAAUUUUCCAUGCCAAUCUUAUCCCAAAAGACCAAUAAAUCAUCAUAUAAACGGAGAGAUAUGAAAACUAUAAAAACAGUUUCAAAAAUUACUUCAACACUCAUUCUAUUUCAUAAUCCUAAGAUUUGGGUCAGAAUUUUGCUAGAACUAAAGAAUUAAUUUAAAUCAUUGAGAGAGGGCAGGGUCAUCAAUACCAGCUAUCUAUUGAUCAAAUAAAAGAGGAGAUUAACUAGCACAUUAAAGAAAUGGAAUAUGUGUAUAUAUAAUUCCCUUAAGAAACAACUCCCCAAGACACUUAGUAUCUGCAAUUAGUCAUCUAGGAAUUAAGGAAAUUCCAAGAACAUCUAGACAAGGAGCAGACUUUAAGAAGAAGAUGA